AUGUCGUCCCAGAAGAAACGGCAGGCGGCUUCGCGGCCGUAUCCCCAGCCUGAUGUUGGAGGCUCGGCGUCUGGAGGUUACCAAAAUAGACUCGCUAACCAAAACGACAUUGAGUCUGGCCUCCGGAAACACCCCUUCUACACCCAUGAUGUCUCUUCUCCUCAGGAUCCGAACCGUUAUUCUCGCAUACAUAUUGGGCCAGAGUAUGCGAAUGCGAGUCUAACAGUCCAAACACAGUCGCAGGACAUCAAAGGGCACGAACCAGGCAACUUGGCAAUACGCAGACAUAAGCCUGAACUUCAAUUGCAGAGCUCGACCGCAUCAGCACCACACAAAUCGUCGACUCCUGCUGUUAGAAGGCGUAGACCUGAACUCUCAUUACAAAAUUCGACUUUAUCAACACCGUACAAUGCGACGCCCGCCGUUUUCGGGAAAACACACGUUACCGAUAAUGUUCGUGCAGCAGAUAUUCCUAGGCGCAAGUCAAUACGCAAGUCAGCUAUAGUCGGUGCCUCGAGCACAAGUAGUCUUGCUAACCCACCAUCACUGCAGAAAGUCGACGCGGGCAGCCAAGGACGACGAAACACAUCAGUAAAGCCUGGCUUCGUCAAGUUGGGUCUGAUGCCACUCUCUCCAUUGAAUCUCGGCCUUGUUGACCAGCGCCAAACUUCUACUCCCGCCAGUACAUCCGAUCGUCAUGCUUCUCGCGACCCUGGCUUUUCUUCUCGCUCAACUCUACCCCAGUCAUCCGGCGAACGGCCAGUGUCUGCAGUUGGUGAUGCUAGGCCGGCCCUAUCAUACAUACCAAUGCGUCGACGUUCAUUAGUUCAGACUCCUGGUCUCGCGACAAGGACGCCAUCUCGUUAUAAGCUGCCUGGGGGCCGUAAUAGCUUCAGAUCUUCGACAUCGCUUGCAUCUGUUCUGGCUAGUGCAGCAUCAACAGGUGCCGAAGUGCACAAAGACGCUGGGAGUGAGGGUAAACGAAAGAUUCAAAAGCACAUGUCGUUACCUGAUCUGCAAAUGAAGGCGGAACAAGAGCGAUCCGGCAAACCCAGCCGGUCCGAAUAUCAGCAGCUUGGCGGUUUGAAGCUGGGGACACUCCGUAUUACAAAUUUUUCUUCGGUCCCAAGAUGUAUGCGCGAUAGUAACGGAGGAAAGCAAACCCAAUCCACAACGACGAAGUCGAAGAAUGGCAUCGGAGCUCGAAAUGCGGGUUUCCGUCUUAGCUCCCAGGGUGUAUCAAAUCUCUCUACUCCUACGCUCUCAACAACAAUCAAUGCCACAAAGAAUGGCACAAAAGACCAUCUCAACGGUAACUCGUCCGUUUCAUUUGGUUCUAAACGCCAUAGGCGUUUCUCUUUCGGUGACACGCCAGGGGUUGCGUCUAGCAGAAAGCGUCUGUCAAUUCUCAGGGAGCUCAUAGAGGAGCCUCUUGAAGAUUAUGAUUUUAUGCGCGAAGUUUCGUCAUCACAUCCUCAAGCAAUGAAAGACGACUCAUGCAAUCAAAAUGAAAGCCAAAUAGGCCCCACACAGGAUGACGCGGCGUUGAAACAUUUCGCGGACGAAAUUCUUGACACCAGCGAUGAUUCGAGCGCGAAUCGUGUCUCGGAGAGCUCAGAGGUUAAGCCCGCAAAUGAAGUUGAUCCAUACGAUAUAUCUAGGCCGGACAGCGGCUUUGUAUCGGCCACUUCUUCUCUCAGUUCCCCAGGCUCACCUUCGCAGACGGAUAGCGGUUAUAGCUCCACUACCUCAAUUCAAUCAAAACCUGCAGUUGUAGAUUCUGGAGUUGCUGAUAAGACAACUCCUGAAGGCUUAUCGGGACGCGGCGCAAAUCAUAUGGGUGACGAUAAGGACGGAACUGUUGGUCAUGAGACUGAAGACGAUUCGACCAAUAACCCUUCCCGAGAUUCGGUCACCUCGCUGUCAAGAAGCAGUUUACGGCUUUUGUCGUCUCUGAUACGACCCCGGCAUAGCCUUUUGGUUUCAGGGUCUGGCGAUGAUGAUAGUCAAGUGGAUCAAAACGAAUCAAACAGCCAUAACGAUACUUCACAGUCCAAAAGCAGCUCUGUGAGUCAAGACGGUACCGUUCAACCGAGGGUUAGAUCAAACAGCGGUAGCCAAUUGGCCGGGAAGCUACAGCGGUUGUUCGCACAUCACAAAGAAGAUGACUUGUCUACCGGAUAUGGUUCGCAUGACCUCCAGGCGGUCCCCACGGUACCAGUAGACGUCGAAGAACGACUCAGCGAGCAUAACAGAGUAUUUCCAACCUCGCCCAAGAAGCUUACCAAACAUUCUAGCCGGAGCACUGAAUCACUGAAAACAAUCGUCAGCGUCGACAGCGCCAUCGCGUAUAGUGAAAGCAAUUAUAGCCAGGAUGACCGUGACCAUGACGAUAAUAUCAGUCAUUAUGGUCACAGCAUCAAAAGUGGUACAACUUACAAGGGCCACAAGAGCAUGAACAGCCUGGACAGCUUCAAAAGUUUGAAUAGUCUUUCCAGUUCUGGGACUGUCAGAAGUCUCCCAAGUUCCGAAAGCGCUAAGAGCGACUCAACUAUCGCAGGGGCGGAUGACACCAAAAUAUUUCAUAUUGAGGCGCUGCUGGACGGAUCUGACCUCGAGGUUGAAGAUGGUGAUACUCAUCUGCAAAGGACUACGACUUCAGUUGCGAUUCCAGCUGUCUUGCCCGCGACCGAGGACGCAUUUAUCGGCGAGAAACCUGUACCUCCUCCUCGAAAUCCAUCCCGCCCCAGGAGACAAAUAGGUAAUCACAAGGCCAUACUUCAGACUAGCCGAAAUGUCACUGAAAAGGCGGCUCCCUAUGGAGCCUCCACUACGUUGCGAACCCAGGAUAACCGGUUCAUGAGAAGUGAACGUGCGAUUCUCCCUGCCAGUCAAACGACGCGAACUCACAUCAGCUCUGGGCUAGACACGUAUAGGGCCAGGGCACCCGUCUCGGCGCCGAAUCUUUCUAACUCAUUCUCUUCCAACUCGGACGCUGCCGCAAAAUCUGGACCAAGACUAACCGUUGCGGAUAUGACCAAAGAGCUGCCACCAGAGCCGCCGCGCGAUGAUCUCCUGCGCAGUUCAUUCUCAAAACGACCGUGGCAGCAGAAGCGACUAGCUGAAAGGAAAUGGCUACAGAAUAACAAUCAAGAGAGCGUCCGAAGUUAUGAGUUUCAUCAUAAUCACGUACGAUCCCAGACGUCGACCGUCAUGGGCCGAGAGCAGACUCAGGUAGUCCAGGACCAUAUCUCGGUAUUCAUGUCACAGCGUCGACACUCUACCUUAAUCCACCGGCCGGCCUUUUCUGAAUCUCUAGCAAUUUCUUCCCUGGAGCGUCCAAAGGACGAGCCUCGGCCGCCUUACCGGGUCCUCCACAGCUAUAAUUCACCAGCAUAUAAAAACAUUCCCAUCUGGGCAUAA